UCUCCUCUCCUCUCUCCUCUCCUCUCUGUGUUGACUUCCUGAAGUUCAGUCAAAGUUCCGUUUGGUAACGUUUCCCCGGCGUGUUGUUAUCUUCCCAACAGGCUGCUGAGUUGGCAGAGUUCACUGCCAGAAUCGCUCUGCUGGAGGAAGCCAAGAGGAGAAAAGAAGACGAAGCAACAGAGUGGCAGCACAAAGCUUUGUCAGCACAGGACGACCUGGAGAAGACCAGGGAGGAGCUGAAGACGGCCAUGACGUCUCCGCCGGCGCCGGAGCAGGACGAGGAGGACGAGACGAGCGCCGAGGCGAGCGCAGAGCUGCUGCUCAGCGACGGAGUCGGCGACCGCAGCGAAGAGGAGCGCGUCACGGAGGCGCAGAAGAACGAGCGGGUCAAGAAGCAGCUGCAGGCGUUGAGUUCGGAGCUAGCCGAGGCCCGAGACGACACCAAGAAGACCCAGAACGACAUGCUGCAUGCCGAGAACGUCCGAGUGGGCAGAGACAAGUACAAAACCCUUCGCCAGAUCCGCCAGGGCAACACCAAGCAGCGCAUCGACGAGUUUGAGUCCAUGUGAGCCGGGAGAGACGGUUGGUCUCGUUGCCAUGUCAACGCCUCACUUAAACCUCGUAAAGCCCAAAAACCCGCCGCCGCCACCAGCAGCUCCUGCUGUUCGUGUUUCUAUCCGGGAGAACGAGCGGCUAAUGGGCUUCGUAGCUUCAGCCUCGCCAAAGCUCUGCCUAGCAGCGGUUCGGCCAAUCACACCGCUACCUGCUUUUAGAGCUCCGCCCCCUCCCCCCCCCAACCCCAACGAAGCACACGCCCUUCUAAUUCCGAAGGAAAGAUAGCAAGCGGCCUCUCCUGACAUCGACCUGGGCAGUUUCUAACGCUCGCAUGUACGAUAAUUAAACGACCGCUGGAAUGAUGCUUCUUACUCGACAGAAUGAAACGGCCGUUUGUAGCUUGUUGAUGUUGCCGGUACGCUUUAAUAUCUGUAUCUUACUUUUACGUCUUAUGUCAUCAGUUGAACAAUUUAAAUAAUUUGUUUUAAAAAGAAACAACAACAAAAAAAA